CACGGAAGUAUUGUACGGUUGCACUUUCGUCCUCCACUCACAUAUGUCCCCCAUGAAACACUUAUAACAUUGACUUUGUGGUUGGUUAUGAAAAGUCUAGGGUCGUUGCAGGUUGUGGAAACUUAAUGCCAGGACCUCGACGGACAAUUUCACCCGGAGAGAACAAGGGACUGUGAGUCAGCACUGAAACAGGAUGGCAUCCCCUUCACCCCAUGACCGCAGCCGGAAAGACGACGAGGACGACCCGGUUGAACAGAUGAUAACCCGCACCGGCUGUGCCGAGCUACAUUAUGCUGUGCAGGAGUGCAUGGCUGAACACCAGGACUGGCGAGUGUGCCAGACACAAGUCCAGACUUUCAAAGACUGCAUGAUGAAUUUCCAGAAGGCCCGAAAAGAGCAGCUGAUGAAACAGCACCAAACCUCCACAGAGUCUGCUGCCAGCUGAACUUGCCAAACAACACACACACACUGGCUGGGGUUUGUUCUGGACUUGCAUCACAUGGUUGAAGUGGAAAGACUGACUGAAUCUAAUUUAAUAAUUCGUGAUGACAAUAAAGUAUGAGCAGCUACAUAAAAUGCUGGAUUUAAUUUCAGUACAUGCCUUGAUGAGUACUGUUAAGGGUUCCAUAAGGGACAAAAAUGUUUGCUUAUGAUGAAAAAACUCCUAAAAAAUCCAAUAUUUGUCAUUUGUUUUUCAUGUGUAGUAUCAACCUGGCAAUUCUUUAAAAGCAGCAUGGAAUACUUAGACUUACAGUGAACUCACUCCACUGAUAUUUCUAAGGUUAAAUGUCAAGGAAAACAAAAACAAAAGAGAAAGAAACACUUUGCUGCCUUGUUGGUGUUCAGGUGUGUGCUUAUUUAUGAAUGUCAGAUCAGUUGUUGUGAUUUUGAUUUACUAUAAUAUAUUCAUGGCCUCCAGUAGUGGCCCUACAUCCCAAAAUCUCUUCCCAGCCCACUAACUGUUUAAAAUUAGGAACUUUGGGACAACAAAAAAUAAAGGAAGAAUCUGUUCGGCAGCGUGAAGAGAACAAACUUACUAACCAACAUUGGUUAAUAUGUUUGUUUUGAAUAACAAGUUUUAAUCUUAAUUUUUAAGUUUUAAUGGUUAAACUUCUUAAUACGUGCAAGAGAGAUUAAUUAGUCUCAAGUUCAAACAGUAAAAGGGUGGUUUGUCACAGCACAAAGGUCAUUAAGCAGCAGUCUCUGGUGAUGACUUUACAAAUUGGGCCCAUUAGAACCAUGGCCUGAUUAAUGACUGAUGCACCCUCAGUGAACACUUAACUAUUUGCUCAUUGUGUACAAACUAAAACACAAACCAUUUUGGAAAUUCUUACAGAUUUAUACUGAGUGAAAUAAAAGUGUAACACAAACA